UUAACCACAGAAACUGUUUAUAUUCAUUAGAAAAUUUAUUUUUGAAAAUUCAGUGUAUGGAACUAAAUAAAAUGAAUAUCUUUAUUCUUUUGUGGAGCCAUGGUAAGAGUUCGUAGUUUCUACAGGUAGUGUAACGCGAGUUUUGGCGGUUAGAAAUGUCAUACUCUACAUGUACUGUACCACUGCAAGUUUGAGACUCCCAGAAUUUGUGAUUAAACUGAUCGAUGAUCAAAUGUUCUGCGAAUCUAAAUGCAAAUUAAACAAUGAACGUUUUCGUCAAAAAUAACUAAGCCCUAAUGAACUCACUGUUGUUCUCAAAAUAUUUAUGACAGUCCAAUCAGUUAAAGCAAGAUAAAACCAUAACCAUUUAUUGUGGAAAUUUCCAGCUCUUCCGUGCAUUAACAAAAAACAAACAUCGUGCAACAGAAUUUGACUGUCUAACAGAUUCACCACUGAACGGAAUCAACUAGACACGAUAGAGGCGGCGUCACUUAUAACAAGUUAGCCUUGAUAACUGAUUGAUGUUGUAACUACAUUGGACAGGUGCCUGGAUUUAUUCUCCUACCCUGGAAGUGCAGAGCUGGUAUAAAGUAGACAGACAAUGCGUUUGGCAGUCAGUUGCUGUUUGAGGGCGCGCGGAGGGAGAAACUCUUGCCACAACUUAGCGUAGUAGCUCCAGUCCGUCAGGCCCUCGACUCCAGACAAGCUGUCGGCUGUUGUCGUACACAGUCGGCUGUCAGUCAAUUUCUCGUGGUAGAAAGAAGCCAAGAGACUUUUUUUGUGAAGCGUUAGUUUUGUUUGUUGUUUGCUUCGAGCUGACAGGACUUCCGUAGCAAUGAAGAUUCUCGCAAUCUUCUUGCUGAUCUCUCCAGUAGUGCUUGGAGGUCAAGUCCUACCACCAGAGCUGUCUCUGAUUGGGAAGACGGUGACACAGAGUACUAUCCUUGCCAGCUAUGCCCCAUCUGCAGCCAUUGAUGGUACCAUCUCUACAUUCUCACACACUGUUGUUGGAGAUCCACAUCCUUGGUGGCAAGUUGACUUGGGAGAGGACUACUGCGUGAGAACAAUCACCGUCAUACUCCGACAGGGUUGCUGUGGCCAAAAUCGUUUUACUGGUGCGGUAGCACGGGCUGGCAUUAGUUCGCACUAUGCCAAGAAUAAAGCAUGUGGAUCACCAGCCACAAAAGAACAGUCCACUGACGGUGCAACCAUCGAAUUUGUGUGUGACUCGCCACAAACAGCCAGAUACGUGACCGUGGACAUAGACCCCUCCAACCCUGAUGUCACCAAUGCCAUUCUACAACUUGGUGAGGUUACCGUGGGGGCCAGCAAAGAUUUGGGAUGCACCCCCAGGAAUGCUAUUCCUCUGGACGGGAAGACGGCCACACAAAGCAGUACGCAUGAGCCGUUUGAUGCAGGUGUGGCAAUUGAUGGCAAUGUCUAUACAUUCUCACAUACUCUUGCGGACGAUUCCCAUCCUUGGUGGCAAGUUGACUUGGGUGAUGAAUACUGCGUGGGGAAAAUCACUGUCGUUCUUCGCCAUGGCUGCUGUGGCCAGGGUCGUUUUACCGCUGCGGUUGCACGAGCUGGCCUGAGCACAGACUAUGCAGAGAACGAACCGUGUGGCUCACUGGCAACACGGGCUCAGUCUUAUGACGGUGCCACAGUGGAGUUUGUGUGCGACGUGCCACGUCGGGCCAGAUACGUGAGCUUGGACAUUGAUCCAUCCAGCCCUGAUGUCACGAAAGCUAUCCUACAGCUGGGGGAGGUGAAGGUGGAAGAAAACAUUGAACAGGGAUGCCCUUCAUUUUGUCCUCUCCAGAUUUUGAGGAUGUCUGCCACACAAAGCUCCACCUACAACAGUGAUGACACCUACUCUGCUGACAAAGCUAUAGAUGGCCAAAUAGACACAUUUGCACACACUGCAGAUAAUACAGAUUCUCAUCCCACUUGGCAAGUCGACCUAGGCAGAGAAGUGAAUGUAGGCCGAAUCACUGUUAUGCUCCGACAAGGCUGCUGUGACCAGAAUCGUUUCAUGGCUGCGGUAGCACGAGCUGGUCUUAACGCCGAUUAUGCACAGAACCAACCUUGUGGUUCCAUGGCCACGGAAGAGCAGGCUGCCACUGGAGCAACUAUUGUGUUUGUAUGUCCUGUGCCGCGGAGGGCUCGAUAUGUUAGCUUGGACAUAGAUCCUGCCAACUCUGAGGCCGUGAUCAAGCUACUGCAACUUGCUGAGGUGAUCGUGGAAGAAGCCACAUAUUCAGAGUGUCCAACAAUAUGCCCGAUUCCUCUCCCUGGCAAAGUAGCUUCACAGAGCUCAGAUUACCCAUCUUUGCUGUAUCCAGCAGACAAGGCUAUUGAUGGCAACCUCGAUACAUUUUCACACACUGCUGUUGCCGAUUCCCAUCCCUCAUGGCAAGUGGACUUGGGUGAGGAGCACUACGUGAAGACCAUCACCGUCACCCUCCGCCAAGGUUGCUGUGGCCAGUCUCGGUUCACUGCCGCAGUAGCAAGAGCUGGCCUCAAUUCAGACUAUGCCCAGAACUAUCCUUGUGGAUCACCGGUCACCAUGGAGCAGUCUGGGGAUGGUGCGACAGUGGAAUUUGUGUGUGACGUCCCACGACUGGCCAGAUACGUGAGUUUGGACAUUGACCCCAGCAGCCCAGAUGUCACAAAUGCCAUUUUGCAGUUGGCUGAGGUGGUCAUCCACGAGAUAACAUCUUCCGAGUGCACUGCAUAUUGCCCGGUUCCACUUAUUGGCAAAGAAGCUUCACAGAGCUCAGAUUAUCCAUCUUUGCUGUACCCAGCAGACAAUGCUGUUGACGGCAACCUUGAUACAUUUUCACACACUGCUGUUGGAGAUUCCCAUCCGUCCUGGCAAGUGGACUUGGGUGAGGAGCGCUACAUUGGGACGAUCACUGUCACUCUCCGUCAAGGCUGCUGUGAUCAAUUUCGGUUUGCUGCUGCGGUAGCAAGAGCCGGCCUCAGUUCAGACUAUACUGAGAACUAUCCUUGCGGAUCGCCAGCCACAAGAGACCAAUCUGUUAACGGUGCCACCAUUGAGUUUGUUUGCAAAGUCCCACGUUUGGCAAGAUACGUAAGCUUAGACAUAGACUCCAGCAACCCAGAUGUCACAAAUGCCAUCUUGCAGUUGGCUGAGGUGACCGUGGAAGAGGACAGAGAAUGUGCACCGACUCCUGCACCUGAUGCAUGCCAAUCUGCUCCCUGUAUGAAUGGCGGACAAUGCAGCAGUGAAGCCAGCGGCUACACCUGUAACUGUCCGGAUGGCUUUACAGGAAUCAACUGUGAAACUGCAAUUGAUGCAUGCCAAUCUGCUCCCUGUAUGAAUGGUGGACAAUGCAGCAGUGAUGCCAGCGGCUACACAUGUAACUGUCCGGAUGGCUUUACAGGAAUCAACUGUGAAACUGCAAUUGAUGCAUGCCAAUCUGCUCCCUGUAUGAAUGGUGGACAAUGCAGCAGUGAUGCCAGCGGCUACACGUGUAACUGUCCUGGGGGCUUUACAGGAAUCAACUGCGAAACUGCUUCCCCACAGCCUGACCCAUGUGACUCAAAUCCCUGCAUGAAAGGUGCAGUCUGCAACAGCACUGGCCAGGCAUACAAGUGCAGUUGUCCAGCUGGCUUCAUAGGAACCAACUGCGAAACUGAUAUAAGUGUUGAGGUUGAUACUGGUUUUGAUGUGCGAUUGACUGGGGGUGCAGUGCCACAGGAAGGCAUCCUGGAGGUUUCCUAUGGGGAGACUUGGGGAGCCGUCUGCGCAGGCCAAUGGUCCAAAGCAUCGGCUGACGUUCUCUGCAAGGAGCUGGGCUUUGUCAGCGCCCUCGUCACCCUGGACAGACCCGCGCAAGAUGCAACCCUGAUCUGGCUGAACAGGAUCAGCUGUACUGGCACAGAGGCCUCGCUGGACGAGUGCACGUAUGACAAAUUUGGCACCCCUGUCACAUGUGAUUCUGGGCAGGUAGCAGCCGUUGUGUGCAAUGUGGAGCAACCGAUUGUUCGUCUGGUUGAUGGCUCCUCCCCUCUGGAAGGACGUGUAGAAGUGCGGGUCAAUGGUGAAUGGGGUGAGGUGUGCAACACUCUUUGGGACAUUGAGGAUGCCAACGUGUUGUGUAGUUACUUAGACUUUCCCUGGGCAGUCCAAGCAACGUUGAACAGUUUUCCUCCGACUGGUCAACCAUUGCCACUGCUUCUGGAUUCAACUAUCUGCUUCGGAGAUGAGAAAUCCUUCUUUGAUUGCAGCUUCACGUACAAGCCGGAAUCGUGCACUGGCUUUGCUGGAGUGACCUGCCAGUCUCCGGACCAGGCCGAUGUACCCACCAGACUGGCUGGAGGCCGAGGCGACUACGAAGGUCGAGUCGAGUUGAACUUUGAAGGCCAGUGGGGCACUGUCUGUGACGAUCUCUGGGACCUCGAGGAUGCCCACGUGGUCUGUCGUCAGCUGGGCUUCAGGCGCGCUGGGCAGGCGGUUACAGAUGCUGGUUUCGGGGAGGGCAAGGGAGACAUUUUCUUGGAUAACGUUGUCUGUACGGGCACCGAAGCGGGUCUAGCUUACUGUGGCCAUGAUGGUUGGAAGGAGUCUGAUUGUGACCAUGCCGAAGAUGCCGGUGUUGUUUGCCUGUCAGAGGACGAUCUGCAGGUGCGUUUGACAGGUGGGAGCAGCCCCAACCAAGGCCUUGUCGAGAUGUAUUUUGCUGGGGAAUGGGGCCAUGUCUGCUCAACUGACUGGGGCCCCGAAGAAUCAGAACUCAUUUGCCGACAGCUGCAGUAUGAGGGCGCCGAAUCAGCCAUCAGGGCCUUUGAUCUUGGGGUUAUUCCUGAGAGUGCCAACCCGACCCUCCUUGACUUGAACUGCGCCGGUAGUGAGCAGAGUCUCCAAGAAUGCCUCCUGUCAUUUAUAGGCUCCCCGGCAUGCUCGCCUGAAUAUGCUGCGGCUGUCAUUUGUACAGAAGCAGAAGAUAAGAUCCCAGCAGGAACUGUGCAAUUGAUCAAUGAUGGCAUCGUGCCAACCCCAGGAGAGGGGCGGAUUGAAGUCUAUGAGAACGGCGCUUGGGGCAGCAUCUGUAAGGAUCCAGACUGGGACAUGCGAGAUGUGUCUGUGAUCUGUAAACAACUGGGAUACAUCAGUGGCAUUUCUGAUGGAGUAUCUGAGUACUACGGUGAACCUGAUGCUACAAAUAGAUGGAUGCAGAGAGUAGAUUGUGCCGGCACGGAGGCCAACAUUCUAGACUGCCCUAAUGCAGGAUGGAGCUCUGGUUGCACUUUCCUCAAUAAGCCAGCAGCUGCUGUUUGCCUCACAGAACCACUGGAGGUCCGCCUGGUCGGGGGUUCAAACCCCUAUGAAGGCACCGUGGAGGUGUACUACAAAGGUGCUUGGGGCUCCAUCUGUGAUGACCUGUGGGAUGUCAACAACGCCAAUGUGGUGUGCCGGCAGCUCGGGUUCGGAAAAGCCAAAGAGGCAACCCGGAAUGCGUACUUUGGCCGCAGCAAUUUCGACCCCAUUCACUUUGACGAUGUUGAGUGUCAGGGCACAGAGAGCAAGCUUUCUGACUGUGAGCUGGAUACCACCGUGCUCUGCACUCACAAUGAAGAUGCUGGAGUGAUUUGCUGGCAGCCAGCAGACCUGGUCCGUUUGGCCGGCAGUGAGAAUGCCAGUGAAGGUCGUGUGGAGGUCUACUCUAAUGAUGUGUGGAGCACUGUCUGCAAUGACGGCUGGGACCUAACGGAUGCGACGGUGGUCUGUAAGCAGCUGGGCUUCCUGCGGGCUGUUCGCAUCACUGACUCGUUGGAGUUUGGCCAAGGCACAGGCGACAUUCUGUUUGAUGAAGUCCAGUGUACUGGCACCGAGGAACAAAUCCAAGACUGUGUGGCUGCUGACCUAGCCAGCAUUGAUUGCGUCCACUCCGAGGAUGUGGGCGUGGUUUGCUCUAAUGAACCUGAACCCGAGCCAGAAGUCCAGGUAGUCCUGGUUGAUGGUGAGGCUGAGCACUUAGGACGUGUUGAGGUCCACCGCAAUGGUGAACGGGGCAUGAUCUGUGACACGAACUGGGACCGAAUGGACGGUGAUGUGGUAUGUCGCCAGCUGGGCUUUGAGCAGGGUGCCUAUGCGGUCAAAUCCUCGGCAUACUUCGGGGAGGGCACCGGCCCUGCCGUGAUGACAAACGUCAGUUGCGUUGGCACAGAGACAAACAUCAGGGACUGCCCAUUUAAUGGCUGGGGCCAGGCAAGCUGUGCCAACACUUCAGGUGCUGGAUUGGUGUGCAUACCAAACACUGAACCUCCGAAAAAAAUCCGCUUGGUUGAUGGUGAGACAGAGAACAAGGGGCGAGUGGAAGUCUAUUAUCAAGGAGAGUGGGGCACUGUCUGUGAUGAUGAGUGGGACUCAGAUGAUGCUGAUGUGGUGUGCCGGCAACUUGGCUAUGGGCAGGGGGCCGUCCGAAGCGGGGGCUCCGAUGAAUUCGGCCAGGGCACCUAUCAGAUUCUGCUGGAUGAUGUGGAAUGCAGCGGAAAUGAAGGGAGACUGGAGGAUUGUGACAGUUCAGCAUGGGGCUCCCACAACUGUGGGCAUGGAGAGGAUGUUGGCGUCGUUUGUCGAGUAACCCGUGAUCCCAACGAACCGACAGUGCGUCUAGUGAGCGAGGAUGGGCGAACGAAUGCCGGCCGUGUGGAGGUCUACCAUGACAGUGAGUGGGGGACUGUCUGUGACGACCUGUGGGAUUUGGUGGAUGCAGACGUGGUUUGCAGGCAGCUGGGUUUCGAGAAUGGUGCACACAGUGUUGUGAUUAAUGCGGGCUUCGGCCAGGGCAAGGGUCCAAUCAUGCUGGACGACAUCAACUGCGGAAGUGAAGACACACAGUUGGAGGACUGCCCAAGCAGUGGCUGGAGGCAAAGCGAUUGCAAUCAUUUUGAAGAUGCUGGUGCAAUAUGUCGCAUAGAUCCUGAACCUGAGGUCACAAUUCGCCUUGCUGGCGGCACAGAACCGAAUACCGGACGUGUGGAGGUGUAUUACGAAGGCGAGUGGGGCACCGUCUGCAAUGACGGCUGGGACCUGGACGACGCUGCAGUGGUCUGUCGCCAGCUGGGCUUGGGUGAACCUGAAGCGGCGGCCGUGUCCGGAGAGUUUGGCCCUGGCACGGGCCAUGUCCUAAUGGAUGAAGUGGCAUGCUCCGGCUCUGAAGCACGACUGGAGGACUGCACCUUCCGUGGAUGGAGGAAUACCGACUGUGUGCACAGUGAAGAUGUUGGGGUGACCUGCCAGCCUCCUGAUCCCCCUGCAGAGGAGAGAGUACGGCUGGUCGGACCAGAGCCCCACUUGGGUCGUGUCGAGGUAAACUACAAUAACGAUUGGGGGACGGUCUGUGAUGACAGGUGGAACAUUGAGGAUGCCAAUGUGGUGUGCAGACAGCUGGGCUUCACCAACGGGGCUGGAAGAGCAGCAAGCAGUGCCGAAUUUGGACAAGGCGUGGGCCCAAUCCUCCUGGACGAAGUUGCCUGCGUAGGCACUGAGAGCAGUAUUGCAGAUUGCCCCAGUGCAGGAUGGGGAAACAACGACUGCGGCCACGCUGAAGAUGCUGGCGUGGUUUGUGUGCCCAACGAAGUGCCUGCUGUAACAUUGCGGCUGGUUGGCAGCGUGAAUGACAAUGAAGGACGUGUGGAGGUCUACUACCAAGGCGAAUGGGGCACCGUCUGUGACGACAGAUGGGAUAUGACAGACGCAGAGGUCGUCUGCAGGCAGCUGGGGUUCCAGGGUGCCACGGAGGCUGUGACCAAUGCUGGGUUUGGGGAAGGCACUGGACAGACCCUGCUGGACGAAGUGGCCUGUGGAGGGGAAGAGUCCAGACUGGAGGAGUGCCCAAGCAACGACUGGAGAGUAGAAGACUGCAGUCAUGCCGAAGAUGCAGGAGUGAUUUGUACGGUGCCUGCUGUAACAUUGCGGCUGGUUGGCAGUGUGAAUGACAAUGAAGGACGUGUGGAGGUCUACUACCAAGGCGAAUGGGGCACCGUCUGUGACGACAGAUGGGAUAUGACAGAUGCAGAAGUCGUCUGCAGGCAGCUGGGGUUCCAGGGUGCUACGGAGGCUGUGACCAAUGCUGGGUUUGGGGAAGGCACUGGACAGACCCUGCUGGACGAAGUGGCCUGUGGAGGGGAAGAGUCCAGACUGGAGGAGUGCCCAAGCAACGACUGGAGAGUAGAAGACUGCAGUCAUGCCGAAGAUGCAGGAGUGAUUUGUACGGUUUCUGAUGGAAGUGAGGAAGGCCCCAGCACCAAAGUCCGCCUGGUCGAUGGGCUGGUACCCAACAGCGGUCGUGUCGAGGUCUACCGGGAGGGCGAGUGGGGUACAAUCUGUGAUGACCUGUUUGGUUCAGACGAGGCCGAUGUGGCCUGCCGGGAGCUGGGUUACCCCCAAGGGUCGCUACGCAUGGGGCUACCUCUUGAGUUCGGGCAGGGGAGCUCCGAGAGUCCGAUCCUCUUCAGCGUCGAUUGUGAUGGGUCAGAGAGUAGUCUGGAAGAAUGUGAAAGCACUGAUUGGGGAACGUCAAACUGUGCACAUAAUGAGGAUGUUGGAUUUGUGUGCCGGAUAGAUGAUAUUCCUCCAGAAGCAACUGUGCGCUUGGCAGGAGGUCCAAAUCCACAGUCGGGCCGAGUCGAGGUGUAUAAUGAGGGCGAGUGGGGGACAAUUUGCGACGACGAGUGGAAUGCUGCAACGGCGGCCGUGGUGUGCCGACAGCUGGGCUACAGCGGCGUGGUGAGCAUCGAUGACGGCGUGACUGACUAUGGCGAGGGGGAGGGGCCAAUACUCUUCAGAUUGCUUUGCCAGGGAAUGGAGACCAAUGUCCAAGAUUGCGAAAUGGGCCUGUGGAACACGCUCAUCUGCACCCACAGGGAGGACGUCGGCAUUACUUGUGAAGCUGAAUCUGCUCCUACCCCAGAGGGCAUUCGACUGGUUGGUCCGGAGCCCAACCUUGGGCGAGUUGAGGUGAACCACAACGAUAUCUGGGGGACCGUCUGCGAUGACAGCUGGGACAUUGAGGAUGGCAAUGUGGUGUGCAGACAGCUUGGCUUCACAAGAGGAGCAGCACGGGUUGCACCGAUUGCGGAGUUUGGGGAAGGCGAAGACCCUAUUCUUCUGGAUGAUGUAGCGUGCACUGGUAUGGAGACUAGUCUUCAAGACUGCCCCAGUAAUGGAUGGGAAGUGAGUGAUUGCAGUCAUGGGGAAGAUGCAGGCGUUGUUUGUUUGCCCAAUGAAGAGCCCACAACAACAAUUCGCCUGGUAGGCAGCGAGAACAACAACGAAGGACGUGUGGAGGUCUACUACCAAGGCGAAUGGGGCACCGUCUGUGACGACAGAUGGGAUAUGACAGAUGCAGAAGUCGUCUGCAGGCAGCUGGGGUUCCAGGGUGCUACGGAGGCUGUGACCAAUGCUGGGUUUGGGGAAGGCACUGGACAGACCCUGCUGGACGAAGUGGCCUGUGGAGGGGAAGAGUCCAGACUGGAGGAGUGCCCAAGCAACGACUGGAGAGUAGAAGACUGCAGUCAUGCCGAAGAUGCAGGAGUGAUUUGUACUGGGGAACAAGGAGGGGUCAGCAAUGUUCGACUGGUCGGUCCUGGACCCAACGUCGGACGCGUGGAGGUGAACUACAACAAUACUUGGGGGACCAUCUGUGACGACAAUUGGGACAUUGAAGAUGCCAAUGUGGUUUGCAAACAACUUGGCUUCACUGGGGCUGUUCGAGCAUCAACUGGGGCCGAAUUUGGGCAAGGCGAGGGUCCAAUCGUCCUGGAUGAAGUACAGUGUACGGACACAGAUACCAACAUUGCGGAUUGCCUCAGUGCAGGAUGGCAAACUCAUGAUUGCAGCCAUUCUGAAGACUCUGGGGUUGUUUGUAUGUUUGACCAGGAGCCUGAGGUGACAGUGCAGCUUGUUGGGGGUCCCAAUGAGAAGGAAGGUCGAGUGGAGGUCUACUACCAAGAUGAAUGGGGCACUGUCUGUGAUGAUGAAUGGGAUCUCUUUGACGCCAAUGUCGUCUGCAAGCAGCUGGGAUUCACACGGGCCACAGAAGCUCAUUCUGGAGCCCGGUUUGGGGAAGGUCUAGGACCCAUCCUGCUGGAUGAUGUGGAGUGCACAGGCGAGGAGUCUAGACUGGAAGACUGUCCAAACAGAGGUUGGAGAGAGGAAAACUGUGGGCAUGGUGAAGAUGCAGGAGUGACGUGCACUGAUAUUAGUGAUGAGGGAAGUGAAGGAGAUGUUCGACUGGUUGGUUCUGUUCCCCACCAGGGGCGAGUCGAGGUGUUCCAUAAUGACGUCUGGGGGACCAUCUGCGAUGACAGAUGGGAUAUUGAGGAUGCCAAUGUGGUGUGCAGACAGCUGGGCUUCACUAACGGGGCUGCAAGAGCGGCAGUGCUUGCAGAGUUCGGUCAAGGUCUGGAUCCGAUCUACCUGGAUGAAGUUGCAUGUACUGGCACAGAGAGCAGACUUGUGAAUUGCUCCAAUGCAGGGUGGGGAACCAGUGACUGUAACCAUGCUGAAGAUGCUGGCGUUGUCUGCCUGCCUAACGAAGAGCCUGAGGUGACAGUACGCCUUGCUGGCAGCGAGAAUGACAACGAAGGACGGGUGGAGGUCUACUACCAAGGCGAAUGGGGCACUGUCUGUGAUGACGAGUGGGAUAUUAGCGAUGCUAACGUUGUCUGCAAGCAGCUAGGGUUUGCAGGUGCCACACGGGCUGUUACUGGAGCUGGGUUUGGGGCAGGCGCAGGACAGAUUCUGCUUGAUGAUGUGGAAUGUACAGGAAAUGAAUCUAGACUGGAAGACUGCCCAAACAGAGGUUGGAGCGUGGAUAACUGUGGGCAUGAUGAAGAUGCAGGAGUAGUUUGCUUUGAUGAGACAGAUGUGAGCUCUGAAGGAGACAUUCGACUGGUUGGGCCAGAACCCAACCUGGGGCGAGUUGAGGUGAAACACAACGGAAUCUGGGGGACUGUCUGUGAUGACGAGUGGGACAUUGAUGAUGCCAAUGUGGUGUGUAGACAGCUGGGCUUCACUAACGGGGCUGCAAGAGCAGCAAGCAGUGCUCAGUUUGGUGAAGGUGAGGAACCUACCUUCCUGGAUGACGUUGCUUGUGCUGGCACAGAGAGCAGACUUGUAGAUUGCUCCAAUCGAGGAUGGGAAGUUGAGAACUGUGGCCAUGAUGAAGAUGCUGGUGUAGUCUGUCUGCCAGAUGAAGAGCCUGAUGUGACAGUGCGUCUUGCUGGCAGCGAGAGUGACAACGAAGGACGGGUGGAGGUCUACUACCAAGGUGAAUGGGGCACCGUCUGUGAUGACGAGUGGGAUAUUAGCGAUGCUAAUGUCGUCUGCAAGCAGCUAGGGUUUGUGAAUGCCACAGAGGCAGUCGCCGGAGCCGGGUUUGGGGCAGGCACAGGACAGAUUCUGCUUGAUGAUGUGGACUGUACAGGAACUGAAUCCAGACUGGAAGACUGUCCAAACAGAGGUUGGGGAGUGGAGAAUUGUGGGCAUGAUGAAGAUGCAGGAGUGGUUUGCGCUGAUGAGACAGAUGUUAGCUCUGAAGGAGACAUUCGACUGGUAGGGCCAGAGCCCAACCUCGGGCGAGUUGAGGUGAAACACAACGGAAUCUGGGGGACUGUCUGUGAUGAUGAGUGGGACAUUGAUGAUGCCAAUGUGGUGUGUAGACAGCUGGGCUUCACUAACGGGGCUGCAAGAGCAGCAAGCAGUGCCGAGUUUGGUGAAGGUGAGGAACCUACCUUCCUGGAUGACGUUGCUUGUGCUGGCACAGAGAGCAGACUUGUAGAUUGCUCCAAUCGAGGAUGGGAAGUUGAGAACUGUGGCCAUGAUGAAGAUGCUGGUGUAGUCUGUCUGCCAGAUGAAGAGCCUGAUGUGACAGUGCGUCUUGCUGGUAGUGAGAACGACAACGAAGGACGCGUGGAGGUCUACUACCAAGGCGAAUGGGGCACCGUCUGUGAUGAUGAGUGGGAUAUGACUGAUGCCAACAUUGUCUGCAAGCAGCUAGGAUUUGCGAGUGCCACGGAGGCAGUCAUUGGAGCUGGGUUUGGGGCUGGCACUGGACCCAUUCUGCUUGAUGACAUGGGAUGCACAGGCGAGGAGUCUAGACUGGAAGACUGUCCAAACAGAGGUUGGAGAGUGGAAAACUGUGGGCAUGAUGAGGAUGCAGGAGUGGUUUGCAGCAAUGAGGAUAGCGAGGCAGUUCCGCUGAGUAAUACUCUACGACUGGCUGGAGGACCAACAGCCAAUCGGGGCCGCGUUGAGGUCUACCACGAGGGCGAGUGGGGGACCAUCUGUGAUGAUUUUUGGGGUGCCACGGAGGCAGAAUUGGCCUGCCGACAGCUGGGCUUCAGCGGUGUCACAAGCAGUUCCGAUGGCACCUCCGAGUAUGGGGAAGGAACAGGUCCCAUCCUGGCGAGAGUAACUUGUGGUGGAACCGAGGCCAGCUUGGAAGCUUGCAUUUGGGGACAGUGGGGAACAUCAGGCUGUGGACACUGGGAAGAUGUGGGCAUUACGUGCCAAACAGACACAGGAGCACCGGAAGAGAGCCCGGAUGAAGGUAAUGUUCGAUUGGUUGGCCCAGACCCAAACACUGGACGAGUCGAGGUGAACCAUGAUGGCAUCUGGGGAACCAUCUGUGAUGACAACUGGGACACUGAGGAUGCCAAUGUGGUAUGCAGACAGCUGGGCUUCAGUAACGGAGCUGGAAGAGCAGCAAGUGGUGCUGAAUUUGGUCAAGGUCAGGGUCCAAUCCUCCUUGAUGAAGUUUUUUGCCUGGGCAUAGAAAGCAGACUCGUGGAUUGUCCUAGUGAUGGGUGGGGAAAUCAGAACUGUGGCCACAGUGAGGAUGCAGGUGUUGUUUGUAUACCCGAUGAAGAGCCUGAGGUGACAAUUCGCCUAGCUGGCAGCGAGAAUGACAAUGAAGGGCGUGUGGAGGUCUACUACCAGGGUGAAUGGGGCACCGUUUGUGAUGAUCAGUGGGAUAUGACUGAUGCCAAUGUCGUCUGCAAGCAGCUAGGUUUUGCAAGUGCGUCAGAAGCCACCAGUGGAGCCAGCUUUGGGGCAGGCACUGGACAGAUCAUGCUGGACGAUGUGGGCUGUACUGGAGAUGAAUCUAGACUGGAAGACUGUCCAAACAGAGGUUGGAGAGUGGAAAAUUGUGGGCAUGAUGAGGAUGCAGGAGUGGUUUGCCUCAGUUCUGAAGAGGGCCCCUAUGAAGGUAACGUUCGACUGGUUGGUCCAGACCCUAACACGGGACGAGUCGAGGUGAACCACAAUGGAAUCUGGGGAACCAUCUGCGAUGACAGGUGGGACAUUGAGGAUGCCAAUGUGGUGUGCAGACAGCUGAACUUCACUAACGGGGCUGCCAGAGUGGCAGUGCUUGCAGAGUUUGGUCAAGGCGAGGAUCCUAUCUUCUUGGAUGAAGUUGCAUGUGCUGGCACAGAGAGCAGACUUGUGGAUUGCCCCAGUACAGGAUGGGAAAGCAAUGACUGCGGACAUGCUGAAGAUGCUGGCGUGGUUUGCAUUCCUAAUGAAGAGCCUGAUGUGACAGUACGCCUUGCCGGCAGCGAGAAUGACAACGAAGGACGGGUGGAGGUCUACUACCAAGGUGAAUGGGGCACUGUCUGUGACGACGAGUGGGAUAUCACUGAUGCCAAUGUCGUCUGCAAGCAGCUGGGGUUUGUAAGUGCCACAGAAGCUGCCAUUGGAGCUAAGUUUGGGGAGGGUACCAGACAGAUUCUCUUGGAUGAUGUGGCUUGUACGGGAGAAGAAUCUAGACUGGAAGACUGUCCAAACAGAGGUUGGAGAGAGGAAAACUGUGAUCACACUGAAGAUGCUGGAGUGAUCUGCAGUGCAAUGGUCAGCCAGGAUAUUCGUUUAGUCAGCGACAGUGGCAAUCCAUGGGAAGGCAGGCUGGAGGUCCAACAUGACAACCAGUGGGGGACGGUGUGUGAUGACAGCUGGAGCCUCAACAAUGCCCGGGUGGUCUGCCGCAUGCUGGGCUACCCUGGGGCAGCGGCUUUCAAAACCCUGGCAUUCUUUGGUGCAGGGGCAGACCCGAUCUGGAUGGACAAUCUGAGGUGUAAUGGAGAGGAGGCCACGCUGCAGGAAUGCACAUUUGCCGGCUGGGGCAUCAACGAUUGCAGCCAUGCCGAAGAUGCGGGUGUGAUUUGCCUGACUGAUGACAGCUUGGAAGCGCGGCUGGUUGGUGCAGGUGCCACAGCCAUGUCAGGUCGUCUGGAGGUUAUGUACCAGGGUACCUGGGGCACGGUCUGUGAUGACGACUUUGGCCUGCAGGACGGUGAUGUCGUCUGUCGCCAGCUUGGCUUUGCGGCAGCAGAGGCAAUCCUGAAGGGUGAGCAGAAUCCAUUUGGCAGGGGAGAGGAAGACUCACCGAUCCACAUGGACAAUGUGGCAUGCACCGGCAAAGAAGAUCGACUGAACCAAUGCCCAUUCCAGGGCAUUGGCAUCACCAACUGUGACCAUGGUGAGGAUAUUGGUGUCACCUGUACAACAGAGGCCCCACCCAGCGAAUAUGAUGAAGGCGAGGUUCGUCUGAUUGGGGGCUCGUCAGAGACGGAAGGCCGCGUGGAGAUCUACCACCUCAACCGCUGGGGCACAGUGUGUGAUGACAGCUGGGAGCUUGCUGAUGCCAAUGUGGUCUGCAAACAGCUUGGCUUCAUGACGGCCCUGAAAGCUGUUCAUGGUGCCUUCUAUGGGCCAGGAAGGGACCCCAUCCACAUGGACGAUGUGGCCUGCACAGGAGUGGAACAGCAGCUGAUAGACUGUGACUUUCCUGGCUGGGAAGUGGGCAACUGUGGCCAUGAUGAGGAUGCUGGUGUCAUGUGCCGACCAGCUGUUGAAGGGGAUCUCCGUCUGCGAGAUGGCACCACGGACCUCGAAGGUAGGAUCGAAAUCUACCAUGACAACCAGUGGGGGACCGUAUGCGAUGCUGGGUUUGAUUUGUCAGAUGCUGAGGUUGCCUGUCGUCAGUUGGGAUUCCCGGGUGCUGAGGAGAUGAAGCUGUCCGCAUACUUUGGAGAAGGACAGGGAGCAGUCUUCCUGGACAGAUUGGAAUGUCAGGGAUCAGAAAAACGACUGGCUGAGUGUGAUUCCAGUGGAUGGUCCCGAACGAGCUGCCUGCACAGCAGUGACGUUGGAGUUAUUUGCAAUCAAGUCAUUGAAGGAACUGUCCGUCUAGUUCAAGGCCCGAAUGGCCCCCAGGAAGGCCGUAUUGAAAUUUACCAUGAGGGCCAGUGGGGCACGGUUUGCGAUGAUAACUGGGUCACAGACGCCAAUGCCCAAGUGGUCUGUCGGCAGCUAGGAUUCUACGGGGUCGAAGAGGUCAAGCCAUUGGCAUUCUUCCAACAGGGCAAGGACCCAAUUUGGAUGGACGAUGUUGCCUGUGCUGGCGAUGAGGCUGGCCUUGCUGACUGCCCGUUUGCUGAGUGGGGAGUGAAUGACUGUGGACAUGCAGAGGAUGUAGGGGUUGUCUGUUUGACAGAGCCACCUCCUAGUGAGGGGGACAUCCGUCUGACCAAUGGACAGACAGAGCAAGAGGGUCGAGUGGAAGUCUACCUGGGUGGCAGAUGGGGGAUGGUCUGUGACAACAACUGGGAUCUUGGGGAUGCCUUUGUGGCCUGCAACCAGCUGGGCUUCCCGCUGGCCCAGAGAGCCUUCAUUGGCUCCCACUUCCAGGGCACUGCGCAGCUCCCUUUCAGCCUGGAUGAUGUGCGCUGCUUUGGCGAGGAGCAGCGCCUGGUGGAUUGCAUCAAUAGCAGUUCUGACAUCACCUGCACUGAGGACCAGACUGCAGGGGUUCGCUGUGCUUCCAUUGUCGAGGCGCCAUAAGGAUGCAUUGACAGCAUUUUAAUUCCUUGCAGUUGAUUUUUUUGUAAUUUCCCCUGGUUUUGGAGUUUCAAAUUACUGCAAAGAAAAUUUUGACCAGUUCUUUUUAAAAAUGACAGUGCCAUUAAUUCUGAUUUGAAUGCCUUUUGUUAUUUAGAAUUGUUUAAACUAGUGGUAGUUAUCUCAGGCUUGCUAACAAGUUGUUUCCCCUCAGAGCACCAACGCCAAGCUGGUAAUAUUUUGUGUUGCUCGACAGGUUCUCUUAUUUGCAUCUCCAGUUUAAAAAAAAGGUACGGCACUUUUAUCAGGAGUGCUAAAUUGUGUUUGUUACUUAAGAUCUGAACAUUGUUUUCUAUCCAGUGAAAACCUCACUAAGGGUAAUAGGAUUAUGCCCAGGUUGAGAAAUAUCUAAAUUGACAUCUUAAACUGUAAACAUGCUGUUAGCCUUUUAGCCAUUCAGGUUUUUGUAAUUUCUUGAAAUCAUUUGCCAAAUUUUAUUGUUCUGUUUCGUUAAGUGUGCCAGUUGAUUUGUUUAAAUACUUUGAGAUCCACUUACUCCAUUUUGUUUAUCAAAGCACUUAAAGCUUUUCUCUCUUUCAAUUACCUUUGAAAACGAUCAGUUUACACUAAAAUGUUUAUCUUUCUCCAUUUUUGUGAGUGGUCAUGAGAUUUUGAAACAAUACAUAUGUUUCUUUGUUGAUAUCAUUGCUUUUGCUUGACGUCGCUUUGAAUUUUUAAGAUUGUAUCUCUUUUGUCUUUGUUUUGUUUACGAAUUGGUUUUCCAUUUGCAUUAUCAUGUGUGUUUCAACAAUGACUAUUUUAGUUUCAAAAUAAAGUUACUGAGGCAAUUUAACAUUUUGAUUUUUGGGGAAGUUUUGAAGGCUCGAUUUUGUAUUUUACACAACCCCGCCAUCAACCCUACCACCAUCACAGAAACAAUACAAAAUACAAAAUCUUAUUUCAA